AGUCUCUUGAAAUACUAACGAAUUGGCGCCCUUACCAGAUAUUCAUUCUCCCUCUGCUCUUUGCUCACUUCUUGUGGUCUCUUCAUCCAUUUGCUGCUUCCGUUUUCCUCAACUCUCACCAUCGCGCUUUACUCUCCACCCUCCCAAUUAGGGCUUCGUAGUUCAGGUCUUAGCAAAUGGAUCAGUCUUCGCUGCAACUCAUCCACGACGUUGGAACUAAAUUGAGCAAACAGUCUCGCCCAACUAAGGAUUUCAUCGUCAAAUCCCUCCGGCAAGUUGUCGAUGCUUUUGCAUGUUUGGAACAGUCUUACGUUCCAGAUGCCAGCGGGAAGUCAGAAGCACCCAAGAAAAUGGAGAGUUCUAUAAACCCUCUAAUGAAAUCUAUAAUUAAUGGUCUUCUACGGAAUAGAGAUAAAGAUGUGAGACUUCUAUUAGCCAUAUGUGUUAGUGAGAUUUUCCGGGUUUUGGCACCAGAACCACCUUUCGAAGAUAAAUAUCUAAGGGAUGUUUUUAUACUUCUUUUGAGUUCUUUUUCGGAGCUAGCGGAUACAACAAGCCCACUUUUCUCUUGGAGGGUUAAAAUACUAGAGACAGUGGCACGAUGCAAAUGUUGUGUGAUAAUGCUUGACAUUGGAUGCAAUGACCUGGUAUUGGAGAUGUUCAAUACAUUUUUCUCUGUUUUGAGAGACUAUCACGAACCUAGUUUGGUUAACAACAUUCUGUCAAUAAUGACCCAUAUUCUAAGCGAGGAUGCCUCUCUACCGCUAGUAGAUGUGGUUUUGCAUAAUCUUGUAAAGGAGGAAAAGGGUGAACCUACAGCUGCUUCUCGCCUUGCGGUUUCCAUCAUUGAAACUUGUGCUGAGACGCUGGAACCAUUUAUUUGUGGAUUCUUAACGUCUUGUAUUUCAGAGAGAGAUGUUGUGGGGAGUGAACUCAAAGAAUUUUACCAUGAAAUAGUUUUUAGAAUUUUCCAAUGUGUCCCUCAAAUGCUUCUUCCUGUGAUUCCAAACUUGGCUCUAGAGCUUGUGACAGAUCAGGUUGAUGUAAGAAUAAAAGCAGUUAAAAUCAUCGGUAGACUUUUAGCUCUACCUGGACACUGUGUAGCACAGAAGUACCGAGGACUUUUUAUGGAGUUCUUGAAAAGAUUUUGUGACAAGUCUGCAGAAGUUAGAAUUCAUGCCAUCCAAUGUGCUAAAGAUUGUUAUACGGCCAAUCCUGCUAGUUCAGAAUCUCUCGAAGUUCUUGCUGCAGUUGAAGAACGAUUACUAGACUUGGAUGAUAGAGUGAGAACACAAGCAAUAAUUGUUGUUUGUGAUAUUGCCCGAUCAACUAGCAAAUUUGUUCCAGUGACACUAAUAUCUCAAGUUGCUGAAAGACUACGAGAUAAGAGGAUAUCAGUUAGGAAAAAAGCCCUUCAGAAAUUGUUGGAAGUAUAUCGAGAUUACUGUGAUAAAUGUUCCAAAGACCAAUUGACUAUGAAGAAUGACUUUGAACAGAUCCCAUGUAAAGUCUUGAUGCUUUGCUAUGAUAAAGAUUGUAAGGAGUUCAGAUCCCAGUGCAUGGAACUUGUUCUUGUGGAAGAUUUGUUCCCAGCUGAUCUCUCUGUUGAGGAAAGAACUAGGCACUGGAUCCAUUUAUUCUCUCUUUUCAAUAUCCAUCAUGAAAAGGCUCUUGGAUACAUUUUGCUGCAAAAACAGAGGUUACAAAAUGAGUUGCGAACAUAUUUGGGUCUACGUAAAAAAGACAAGGAGAACCGAUCAGAAGAAACAGAAAAGCAAAUUGAAACUGCAUUUGUCAAAAUGGCAGCCUGCUUUCCCGAUGCUACAAAAGCAAAGGAGUCCUUUCAUAAAUUAAAUCAAAUUAAAGAUAAUAAUAUUUUUAAUUAUUUGGAACUUCUACUUGAUCAAUCGACAAUUGUUGAAGCUGAGGCUACCAGAGAAAAAUUGUUGAGGAUGAUAGGAAGUAAACAGCCCCAUUUCGAGUUUUUGAAAUCACUCUCCUUAAAGUGCUCAUAUAAUUUAUUCAGCACCGAACAUGUACACUUUGCAUUAGGCUGCAUUCUGAGCAACAGAGUCGGAAACAAACAUUUGGAGAGUCCGACUGGCAAGCUUCUACUGGCUAUCAUCAGCAUUUUCCCCUCACUCCUCAGAGGCUUGGAAGGCCAACUGCUGAGGUUGUUGGAAGAAAGCAAUCCAAUUGAUUGUAAGCUGAUCGAAAUAUUGUCUAAAGCUGGCCCUCACUUAUCAAUUGAACUCAGAGAUGUAUACCCGUUUCUGGAGAGGUUAUGCUUGGAGGGUACUUGUGCUGAAUCAAAAAGAGCUGUUUCUGCCAUUGCAGCUUUAGCUAGUACUUCUGGGCAUUUUUGGUUCUCUAAAUUAUGUAAGGAACUGGUUGAUUCUCUACACAGGGGAUUGAAUCUCCCAACAGUACUGCAGUCUUUAGGUUGUAUUGCAAAAUAUUCUGUUUCAACAUUUGAUGAUCAGGAUGUAGGGAUCAUACCUUAUAUAUAUGAGAACAUCUUCCACGUGGACUUAUCAGAUAAUUUAAAUAAAUUGCACGAUGAUGCUGCAGGCAGCAAUUCUUCCGAUUUGAAGAUUUAUGGGCUGAAAACACUCGUUAAGAGUUUCUUGCCACAUCAAGGAACUCCUAAAAGAAAUCUUGGCGAGUUUCUGAAUAUUCUAUCACGGAUGCUGAACAAGUGUGAAGCUUCUGUUGAAAUCAUUCCUAUUGAGGACAAUCAGGCUCGGAUCAGACUAGCUGCUGCAAAAUCAGUUCUUCGUCUUGCCAAAAGAUGGGAUUCACAAAUUACACCAGAGAUUUUCCAUUUGACAAUCUUGAUGGCAAAGGACCCCUCUUCUUUUGUUAGAAGGCUAUUCAUUGACAAAGCGCACAAGUUACUAAAGGAGCAGGCUAUACCUACCCGAUAUGCUUGUGCUUUUGCAUUUUGCAUUUCGGAUAGCAUGAAAGAUCUUCAGGAUGAUUCACUUAAAUAUAUGGCAGAAUUUAUUGAGCAAUACAAUAAGAUAGCACGGAUGCAUCAAACAUCUGUGGUUCAAGAAGAAUCAAUGACUUUUGUCCCUGCGUAUAUAGUAGUAUUCUUGAUAUAUAUUCUAGCUCAUGAUUCAGACUUCCCACAUGUAGACUGUCAAGAUGAAAAUGUAUAUGCUCAAUUUUGUAGCCCACUCCUAUUUGUGUUGCAGAUGUUGGUCAAUGCAGAUGUAAAUGGUUCCAAGGAGACUGUUUUGUAUCUGCACAGUAUUUUUCGUGCCAUUAAGAGGGUUGAGGAUGCUGUGGAUAUGGAUUCAUCACAUAAAUUGCACAUCUUGGCGGACAUUGGACUCUCUUUUGUAACAGCUCUAAAUUCUUCUGGAGUUUCCCUGUCAUGUGCCCCAAAGCAGAUUUUGUUGCCGUUAUCUCUAUAUAGAGUAAAUUCCAGGAAGCUUUCUCGACAUGCUUAUGAUGAAUGUUUUGUUGGAAGAGUUAUUAAAGCAUUUCAAUCUCAAAUCAUUUUGCCCGUUAAUACUUCUAUAAGAGGUGAUCAAAAGUUCUUGGAGGAGGAUAUCAUGCAAACCAAUAUCAACCCGUGUUCCUCAAUGAGCAUGAGAGCUUGUAAGCAAGUUGAAACCAUUUCCUCCAGAGCAACGAAGAUCAAUAAAACUGUGAAUCAGGAGAUUAUUGUUGGACGUAGACGAAAACGGGCAGCCUCUCCAACAAUGUCUGCACCAAUUGAAUUGCGUGAAUGUUCUCAAGCUCAACAAAAUUUCCCAGCAAAUAGGGAAAAAGGUAAAUUUUCUUCUCAAUGUGGAACUACAGAAGCUUCUCUGGUUGAAGGCGACGCAUCAAUCCAGAAUGUAGAUGUAAAUGUAACUUCUCAAGACGAUGUGUUGGCAAAGAGAAGUUUGGAUGAUGCAUCCCCAAUGUACGUCAACGACCAGCUUACUGAUCCUUACAGUAUGAAGAUAUCAGUGGGAAUGUUGAACUUCUAAGCUCGGAAACUGAGAGUUAGGAUACUAUAUCACAUGGUUUCCUGGUGGAAAGGGUGAGAGCAAUUAUUAUUAUUUGCGGCCAUGAAGAUGGGGCAAUGGGUCAGAGACAUGUCAUACGCAACAUUAGUGAGUCAACCCUCUCUCUCAGCCUCCUUCAAUGAGUAUUAAGGACCCCUUUGAAAUAGAUUUCAUUUUAAUUUUUCAGUUUUUGAAAGUUAGGGUUGUUUCUUCCCAAUUUCCUUGUUUUCACCCCCUUUUUUGUAAACACUAGUUGUGAGAUCCUACAUUGGUUGGAGAGGGGAGAGGAGAAUGAAACAUUCCUUAUUAGAGUGU